CGUUCAAAUGUGACUUAAAGUUGAUUCGGGCGAUGAGUGAAACAAAUGCACCAUCCGCACCACAAACUGAUGUUCAAAACCCUCCGCAGACAGACCAAAUAGUCCCAACCAUCACCACUGCCAAAAGGGAAGAGACCGUCUCUAAGGAUAAAAAUUCAGAGAUUAAGAAACUGAAAAGAAAGGGGGAAAACGAACUAGUUCAAGUUUCAGAAGAGCUAUUUCAAGACCUUAGCCAGAUGCAAGAAGCUUGGUUAGCUGAAGCCAAUCACUCGGACGAGGGCGAGCAAUACGUGCCCGGAUAUAAUGGUGGCAACAAAGGGGACAGAACUGCAGGCCCUUAUCCGAAGCCAAAAUGUGAAAAGAUGAUGAACUGUGACAAGCACUGCCUCACAAACCAACAGAAACAAACAACCAAGUAUGAUUUCCCAGACAAACGAUUCAUCGGAAGUCCUUGUCAACCACCAUCAUCUCCUAGCAGUUCUCUGAGUUCUAGUACUUCCGGUAAAGACAACAGUCAGUCACCGUUGACGUGUGAGAAGGAGCUCACGGCGCCCCAUACAUCGUAUGCAAUGACGGCUAAUGCAAAUUCCUGUAGCUACCCCUACACAAAUCGAUACUCCAAAUUUCGGAGAUCUCAUUCAGAAUCCGAACAGAACUUCCUGUCAUCUGACAGUCACUCCGGUUACCCUCGGUUUGUUUCCUCGCCUUAUGCACACCCAUUUUUCAAACAAGACUUUCGAGAGCGACCGUACGACAUGGGACAAUUCCCUCGAAAUCACAGCUACCAACAGACGACGACCGUCCCAUCACAUCACGUGACCAUCAAACAGGAACCAAAAGACCAAGGUUUCGAAACGAACGUGGAGCGAUAUCCAGCAUGUAACGGCUUUACAAGGCCAGACAUAAGACAUGGCAGUCCUCAAGAAGUAGGGUUUCCCUGUCCAUAUCAGAAUGCCAUGAGGUUUUUCUGCCAAGAAGAUUCCACUUACUUAGACCGCAUCAGAGAAAAGCACAGAGAAAGAUGGGAAGGUAUGGAUAUAAAGGCAGAGUUAUACAGGGACUUCUACUUUGACCGAUUUCACAGAGAGGGUCAGCCCCCCACCUACCAGAGGAGAGGGUCACUACAGCUCUGGCAGUUUUUAGUCGCCCUCUUGGACGACCCCGCCAAUUCUGCUUUCAUCGCUUGGACUGGACGGGGGCUUGAAUUCAAGCUUAUAGAACCAGAAGAGGUUGCAAGACGUUGGGGGUUACAAAAAAACAGACCCGCUAUGAAUUAUGAUAAAUUAAGCAGAUCACUGCGCUAUUACUAUGAAAAAGGAAUAAUGCAGAAGGUAGCAGGAGAAAGAUACGUGUACAAAUUCGUUUGUGACCCAGAGGCACUCUUUACUAUGGCUUUUCCUGAUAAUCAUAGACCAAUACUGAAAACAGACUGUUAUUCAGAAGAGUUUUACCGAGGUUCAAACCAACCAAUGGACAACCAAACAAUGACAUUUGAACAAACAAAUGCUAAUCACAUGUCAAGUCAUAUGACCGGUCACAUGACACCUAGUCCGUUUACGUCAAAUCAUCCCGUGCCAAUGCACGGUCUUAAUAUGAUUUCUUCACCUACAUCACCAACUUCUAAUAUGCAGAGUAUGGAGCAGCACCGCCUACAAUACAUGCACGGCAUGCAAAGAAUGUAUAAUACAGGACCUUAUCUGGAAAACUGUGUGUACUAACAACGAACC